AUGAAGAGGAAUUACCACAUGUUCGGUGAUAUUGUGGCUUUUGACACCACCUACAACACAAAUAGGUAUUGUAUGAUCUUCGCGCCCUUCACGGGAAAGGACAAUCAUGGGCGACCAGUAACUUUCGCUGGUGGUUUGGUAAGCAACGAGAAGACCGGCGCUUUUGCAUGGCUGUUUAGACAUUUUGUCCAAUGUAUGGGUGUUGCUCCGAAGAUGAUUGUUACAGAUCAAGAUUUGGGGAUGAGAUCGGCUAUUGAAGAGAUUCUUGUUGGGACUCGCCACAGAUGGUGUAUGUGGCAUAUCAUGCACAAGUUGGCCAAUAAAGUUCCUGGUCGGUUGUUGCGGGACGAAGAUUUCAAGAAAGAGUUCAAUGCCUGCGUCUGGUCGGAUCUGCUAGAACCCGAUGAGUUCGAAGAAGAGUGGAAUGGAAUACUUGAACGUUAUGACCUGGAAGACCAUGGUUGGUUGAAGACAUUGUACGACUACAGGCAAUUAUGGAUACCUGCAUACUUCAGAGAUUUCCCAAUGGGCUCGAUGAUUAGGACCACCUCUAUUUCUGAGUCAGAGAAUAGUUUCUAUAAAAAAUUUCUGAAGCCACGCAACAACAUUGCCGAAUUCUACUUGAAUUUCAACCAAGCUGUGGAUUUCCAGCGGAAUAGUAGAACAAAGCUGGACUACCAAGACGCGACUGCCCUACCUAUAUUGGCCACUGCUCUUCCUUUCGAGAAACAUGCUUCUACUCUGUACACAGAUAGUAUGUUCAAGAAAAUACAAGAGGAGAUUGUUGAGGGAAAUGACAGAUGCCGCGUUUUGGACUUCUCGUCUGCAGACAUGGUGGACACCUACAAACUCGGAGACAGCCUUCGCAAUUCGUACUUUGUGAGACAUGAUAAGAGUGACGAGUCAUACUCAUGCGAUUGCAAACUUUUCGUUAGGCAGGGAUAUCUGUGCAGUCAUAUAUUCUUUUUGUUUAGGAACAAUGAAGUGAAAAAGAUUCCGGAUGACUACUGUGCAAGUAGAUGGCUGAAGACCCCGCUAGCUAAGGCUGUCCAUGGACAUGUUGAUGAGACUUUACCUACACAGUCCUUUGUUGAUGAAAGGCAAAACGUUUCAAAGCAAGGGAUCUCACUGUUCUAUGGUUUUCUUCGUCGCUUUGAGACGGACAUUGAUGUGCUUCGUGCAUUCGUAGGUGGACUAGAGGAACUGGGUAAUAAGCCAUCUCUGGACUAG